GAAAGAAAAAAAUCUCAUCCAUGUGCUGCUGAUUCUGAUUUUUAAUUUUUCAUUUCGGGAAAACAGAAAAGGAAUUUAAAAAGAAAGGAAAGAGAAAGGGAAAAAAAAGGAAAAGAAAUGCGCGCGCUGUCGGUGAGUCUGUGCCUCGCGCUGCUGGUGCUGCUGCCGGUGCGCGCGUGCGGUCCUGGCCGCGGUUACGGCCGGCGGAAGCACCCGAGGAAGCUGACUCCGCUCGCGUACAAGCAGUUCAUCCCCAAUGUGGCGGAAAAGACGCUGGGCGCGAGCGGGCGCUACGAGGGCAAAAUCACGCGCAACUCGGAGCGCUUCAAGGAGCUCACGCCCAACUACAACCCGGACAUCAUCUUCAAGGACGAGGAGAACACCGGGGCCGACCGGCUCAUGACCCAGAGAUGUAAAGACAAGCUGAACUCGCUGGCCAUCUCGGUGAUGAACCAGUGGCCAGGGGUGAAGCUGCGCGUGACCGAAGGAUGGGACGAAGACGGUCACCAUUUCGAGGAGUCACUGCACUACGAGGGCCGAGCUGUGGACAUCACGACGUCCGACCGAGACAAGAGCAAAUACGGCAUGCUGUCGCGACUGGCCGUGGAGGCCGGCUUCGACUGGGUCUACUACGAGUCCAAAGCUCACAUCCACUGCUCUGUGAAAGCAGAGAAUUCGGUGGCAGCGAAGUCAGGCGGUUGUUUUCCCGGCUCGGCUCGGGUGCGCCUGAAGGACGGAGCGCUGAAGGAGGUGAAGGACCUGAAAGCGGGAGACGAGGUCCUGGCGGCAGACAAGUCGGGGAGUCUGAUCUACAGCGAGGUCAUCAUGUUUGUGGACCACGACAGCGCCAAGAGACGAGCGUUCCACAUCAUCGAGACCAGGAAGCCGGCGAUGCGGAUCGCCCUCACCGCCGCUCACCUCCUCUUCGUCGUCCAGAACUCCACGCUGACCGAGACGUUCGCCAGCGAUGUCACACCGGGACAGGAGGUGAUGAUACUGGACGAGGGAGAACGGCGUCUCCGGGCAGUCACGGUGGAACGGAUUUACCAAGAAGAACUCGAGGGAUCCUUCGCGCCGCUCACAGGUCACGGCACCAUCGUGGUGGACGACGUUCUCGCUUCCUGUUACGCCGCCGUACAGAACCAGAAGCUGGCACACUUAGCGUUCGCGCCUGUCCGCUUAAUCCACAAGGUGGCGCCAUUUUUGUUCGACACGCCGACCCAGGACGACGGCGUGCACUGGUACUCGGACUUCCUGUAUCAGAUCGGGACAAGGAUUUUAGGCACAGAUGCUUUUCAUCCGCUCAGCAUGGAGGACAAGAGCUGAAAGACAACACGUCUCUCUCUCUCUCUCUCUCUCUCUCUCGCUCUCUUUAUAUAUAUAUAUAUACAUAUAAAUAUAUAUCAAAGACUAAUGUAGGACACGAGACGAUGUUAGAAUCUAAAUAAAAAGAGACAAACGGGCCCCCCUUUCUGGAAGAGGAAAAACAGGAGGGAUAUUUAUUAUUUUACAGACAACAUCUCAAAAAAAAAGAAAGAAAGAAAGAAAGAAAGAAAUGGAGCCUUAAAAGUGUCCUGAAUAAUUUAUUCACACAUGAACUCGGGCUGCUGAUCUCUCUCUCACACACACACACACACACAUCCAGGAUUGUGUUGCAGCAUGUGUGUGUAGCAUCCGGAUGUGCAGAAUCUAUUUUUGUAUACUUCAAAGAAAGAAAGAAAGAAAGAAAGAAAGAGAAAAAAGAAAGAAAGAAAAACAUUGCGCACGAAUGAGGCAUGUGCCGAUCCUCUCACUUUUCUGAUACCUUUUCUUCGUACAGGCGUCAGUCCAAACUAGGAGGCGGGGCUUAACUUUAAAUGAAGCUAGCAGCCACUUGAAAGCCGGCGUCGUUCUGGGCCGUCCAGUUGCACGACCAGCUGAAGAAAAAAAAAAGCGAAAGCUUCUGAUGUCACAAGACAUCUUAAAAUUGGAACUUAAGCCCCGCCCCUUUUCAGACUCCAGUCAAAACAGGCGUGUUCUCAGUUCAAAUUUCUCCAGAAAUUAAAAGACUUUUAAAAAUGCUGCCUCCGUUAACGGGACAAAAAAAAAACAAAAAAAAACAAAAAAAAACAAAAAAAAAAAAAAAAAAAGAAAAGAAAAGAAAAGUAAUAAAAAGUCCCAAACAGCGCCGUUAUUUUUCCGAGGUUAUUUUCUCGGCACAUGCCUGCGUGCGUCUGACUGACUGUUAUAUAUAUUUUUCGGGAUUGGGGGGGGUCCAUAAAUUAUAUUUUUCUACACAGAAUUGUAAAUUAGAUUUUGACUGUUCGAUCGUUGGCGAAUCACUUGAAAUAGUGUAAAUUAUGAGAAUAUAUUUUAAUUUAAAUAGUCACAAAGUGUUUCUUCGUGCUAUUAUCCUUCUUAUUAUUUGUAUUAUUAUUAUUAUUAUUAUUAUUAUUAUUAUUUUACUAUAUCAUCAUUAUUUUUUUGUCAACUUUUUUUUUUUCUUGUCGUUCCUCUUUUUUUAUGGAAAACAGAACUGCACAUUUUGGACGUUUCACUCCUAACCGCAGAGUUACAGACUGAAUUCAAACGUAACUCGUGUAAAUUUACUAAAAAAAAAUUAUUUUUUAUUUCCUUCAUUUUUUUUUUUUUUUUUUGUAAUAGCUGAAUAGUUUUAUAGGAAUAAAAUGUAGCAGAUAUGCACAGGCUCAAUGUGUCAGGAAAUGUAUAGAGAUGAUUAUUUAUAUGUUUAUAUUAUAAAAAAAAUGUGAUAAAGAAAUGAUGUGUGUUUGUGGAAUUCAUUUAUUUUCUUCUCUUUUUUGGGUUAGAGGUGAUUUGGAUAUGAUGGCGUGAUAUGAUUUGAAGAACAGGUGGAUGAACAGACACAUUCCACUGAACACUGAUCAAUCCAUGUGGAUGUA